UUGAGCGUAGUGUUUGUUUUGUCGGUGGAAGCUGCGCGUUGGUCCCAUGCGUGCGCGCGCGCACGCAUACGAAUCCCGUCCCUGCGUCUCUCGCAAGCAAGUUGGCAGAUUGUGACAAAUCUCAAGCAAUCACGAGGACCAUCACCGCAUUCAUUUAAAUUCGCUGACGGAACCGUCGGUGUUUUGUCAUAUUCAAGACACUCCGCUUUCCCCGCUUCCCUUCCCUUCCCAUCUCCCUCUUGAGCUUCUCAUAGCCGACGUCGGUUCCCACCCUUCUCUCCCCCGGGAGAGGGGGACUACGGUCCUCGCGACUGGGUGUCAGUCGCGCACGGGACACACGGGACGGGUAAGUCCGAGAACACUGCGCCACUACCGACAGCAGUAGCACCAUGGCGUGCGCCACGCUCAAGAGGUCCUUGGAAUUCGACCCGGUACACAGCCACGGCCGGCCCAGCAAACGACGGAGGUGCAUGCCGAUGUCGUGUGCCUCACCCGGCGCUUCCGCGUCGUCACCACGAAGUGGACCGCUGCCGCAGAAAUCGUCGCCGUUCGGCGAGAUAGCUAGCAAAUUGACGCCUGAAAAGAUGGCUGCCAACAUCAGAGAAGAAAUCCGCAGAUUGCAACGACGUAAACAAUUGCACUUUCAGCCUCAAACGAACAGCGGCGAUUCAUCAGACAUGGAAGGACCUUCUAGUCCUUCUGGUCCAUCUGGCUCUUCUUUAACUCUCUUUAGUCAUAACACUAGUGGAAAAGAAAAACCACUUUUCACAUUUAGACAGGUUGGCUUGAUCUGCGAGCGAAUGCUCAAAGAGCAAGAAACGCAAAUCCGAGAAGAGUAUGAUAAGAUCUUACAUUUAAAACUCUCCGAACAGUAUGACGCUUUUGUUAAAUUCACAUACGAUCAGAUACAAAAAAGAUUUGAAUCCGCAGCUGCACCGAGUUAUCUAUCAUAAGAAAAGUUUCUUAUUUAUAAGAAGACAUUUCUGUGAGGAGUAUUAGAUUUUUACUGUGUGAGACAAAUUUUGCUUGCGCCGAGGUUUGCAGCGCCGCCUCGCUUCGGGAAUCACCUCUAAAAA